GAUCCGUAGCUUAGUGACAACACGGCAGUAGCACUUUGGUCUGGGCUGCUAGCUUCGCUGAUAAGUAGCACUGGAGCGUGUAGACGCAAAUUGUCAAGCUGUGUAACACAGUUUACGCUUUGAAACUUGAACCUCUGUAGUUGAAGAUGAGGCUGAAGGAAAUUCAGAGGACUGCCCACCAGGCAUGGAGUCCUGCCGGACACCAUCCGAUCUACCUGGCCUUAGGAACAUCAGCACAACAGCUCGAUGCUUCUUUCAACACCACAGCUGCCAUAGAGAUAUUUGAGAUGGAUUUUGCCGACCCCUCUCUGGAGAUGCAGCUCAAGGGUUCAUUAUCCACAACAAACAGGUUGCACAGCAUUGUAUGGGUAAAUUUUGGGACGGCGGAAGAUGGAACUGGAGGGAGACUCGUUGGGGGAAGCGAAAAUGGCACAUUGACUGUAUAUAACCCAGAGGCUAUCAUAAGUUCUGGAGCAGAGGCUGUUGUUGGGCAGUGUGACAAACACACAGGACCAGUCCGUGCACUUGAUUUCAACCCGUUCCAGAGUAAUCUUCUUGCCUCUGGAGCCAAUGACUCUGAGAUCUACAUCUGGGAUCUAAAUAACUUCAGCAGCCCAAUGACUCCAGGAGCAAAAUCACAGCCCGUUGAAGACAUCAGUGUAGUGUCGUGGAACAGGCAGGUUCAGCACAUCCUGGCAUCUGCUAACCCCAGUGGGAAAGCGGUUGUGUGGGACUUGAGGAAGAAUGAGCCCAUCAUAAAGAUCAGUGAUCACAGCAACAGGAUGCACUGUUCGGGAAUGCUGUGGCACCCUGACGUGGCCACCCAGCUGGUGUUGGCCUCAGAAGAUGACCGACAGCCAGUCAUCCAGAUGUGGGACCUUCGCUUUGCUACGUCACCCCUUAAAGUGCUGGAAAAUCAUAAACGAGGAAUUCUGUCCAUUUCGUGGAGCCAAUCCGAUUCGGAGCUCCUUCUGAGUAGCGCUAAAGACAACAGGAUCCUCUGCUGGAAUCCAAACACUGGAGAGGUAAUUUACGAGCUUCCAACUACAAACCAGUGGUGCUUUGAUGUCCAGUGGUGCCCCAGGAAUCCAGCCCUUCUUUCAGCAGCGUCGUUUGAUGGGAGAAUCACAGUUUACUCUGUGAUGGGAGGGAGCUUGAAGGCUCAGCAGCAAAGCACAGCUGACAUGAUAUCCUCUUCAUUUGAUACAAUGGAUCCCUUUGGUACGGGACAAGUGCUGCCUCCUCUACAAGUUCCUCAGCCCAGUGUGCAGGAAACCAUCGUUCCUCCUCUGAAGAAGCCACCUAAAUGGGUGCGCAGGCCAGUGGGAGCUUCCUUUGGGUUUGGUGGAAAGCUGAUAACCUUUGAGAAUCCAAAGCUUCCUCCGGUGCAAAGCCCCCAGCCUGUCCCCAGACAAGUGUUUGUGAGCCAGGUUACCACGGAGACAGAGUUCCUCCAACGCUCCAGGGAGCUUCAGGCGGCGCUGCAGUCGGGUUCCUUCAACAACUACUGCCAGGCCAAGAUUCAGAACGCCAAGUCGGAUGCGGAACAGGACAUAUGGAAAUUCCUUCUAGUCAACUUUGAGGACGAGGCCCGUAUUAAAUUCCUUAAACUUUUGGGUUUCAGCAAAGAUGAAUUGGAGAGAAAGAUUUCAAAAUGUCUGGGGAAGAAUUUUCAAUCCAACGGCCAUGGAGUCGAUGCCAAAGAUCUUGCAGAGAAGAUGCAGCGUCUCACAACUGAGAGGUCAGAUGAAGCUGCAGCUGAUGCUAGAACCUCAGGGUCCAUUUCACCAGCAGACUUCUUCAGUCAUACUCCCAAGGACAAUUCCACCUUCCAAAUCCCUGUAUCAUGUGACACUGACGGUUUGAUAAGCCAGGCGCUGCUGGUUGGCAACUUUGAGGGAGCCGUGGAUUUGUGUCUCAAUGAUGGUCGUUAUGCUGAGGCCAUUUUGCUGUCCAUCAGCGGUGGAGAGGACCUUCUCAAGAAGACACAGCAGAAAUACCUAAGCAAGCAAAAAAACAGCAUAUCAAUGCUUAUAUCAUCAGUGGUGACCCAGAACUGGAGGGACAUCGUGCAGAACUGUGAGCUGGACAACUGGAAGGAAGCUCUUGCUGCUCUGCUGACUUACGCUCACCCUGAAGACUUUGCUUGUUUUUGCGAUACCUUGGGAAACCGGCUGGUGCAUGAGGGCACAGAGAAGCGCUGCCUGCAGGCCUGUUUGUGUUACAUCUGCUCUGGGAACAUUGAAAAGCUGGUGGAGUGUUGGGCCUUGCACAGAGAAUGCUCUUCCCCUCUUGGGCUAGAGGAUCUGGUUGAAAAAGUGAUGAUGCUACGGAAGUCGAUUGAGCGCCUCCGCAACAGUGAGGUGGCAGUGCAGAGCCCAGUGCUGGCUGAGAAGCUGACCUGCUACGCUGGCAUCCUGGCUGCAGAGGGCAGCUUAACCACUGCCAUGACAUACCUGCCUGACAACUCAGACCAACCUGGCAUCAGGAUGCUGAGAGACCGGCUGUACCAUGCUCAGGGAGAGGCUGCUGCCCAACAGCAACCUCCAAACUCCUUCAACAAGGUCGGCGUGCCAACAGCUAAUCCCACUCCUGCAGCUCAGCCUCCUGCACCAAAAGCACCAAUCAUGAGUCAGUUCCAGCCAUCUGCUCCACCACAGGUUCCUUCACAACAGCAGCCUCCAAUGCCAUCAAUGUUUACUCCUCAAGUUCCUCCACCCAACUCAGGCCCAGGUCUGCCACCAUCCUCUCAUGCACAUCCGCCCAGUUCCACCCGCCCAGUUGUAAGGCCUUCCUAUCCGCAACAUCCUGCUACAGCUUCAGCUUUCUCUUCUCAUCAGCCAUUCCAGCCUCAGCCCGUUUCCAGUGGCGGCCCCUUCUCUCCCACUGGCCCGCCCAUGCCAGCUGCAAGCCUGGCAGGGCCUCCACUGCCACCUUCAUCCUCCACCCCUGGAGGCCUGCCCCCUACUCCGAGCCCUGGGGUGCCUCCUACAGGAUUUGUACCGUCUACCUCUUUACCCGCAGGCAUGAUGCCGCCCAGCUCGCAACCAGGAGCACCGGGUCCCAUUUUCCCUGGCAGCUUCCACAGCCAAGGCCCAGCACCCCCCAUGGCAUCUAGUUCCUUCCCUCCUAUGGGAGCUGGAUAUCCCCAAGGAGGCCCUGGAGCUCCUGCAGCAAAGCCCUUUCCGGCCCCUGUAGUUGCUCCUCCUCCUACAGGAAAUUUUCCCUGGCUGAAUUUCGAGUGUGAUCAUCAAGGACCACAUGAUGGCUGGAAUGAUCCACCAGCAGUUCGCACUGGACCCAGGAAAAAGAAGCUCCCUGAUAACUACACUCCACCAGCCCCCAUCACUGCUCCUGUGAUGGGUUUCCCAGUGGAGGCCCCACAGCCACACAACCACACCCAAGUCCCACCGGGAGCCCCUCAGGAGCCAAACGUACAGCUCCUCCAGCAGCUGCCAGCAGAGAGAGUGGAGCAGAAGGAAAUCCCCGCGGAGCACAUGGUCCUCAAAACCACCUUUGACAGCUUGGUGCAGCGCUGCCAGCUCGCUGCAGGAGAUCCUCAAACAAAAAGGAAGCUCGAUGACGCUGGAAAGCGUUUGGGACACUUGUACGACAAGCUGAGAGAGCAGUCGCUCUCUCACAACAUCCUGAGCGGACUCCACGAGAUCAGCCGCUGCGUGGCGAGCCAAAACUACCAGCGGGGCCUGGAGAUCCACACUCAGGUGGUCAGCAGCAGCAACUUCAGCGAGAUCUCUGCCUUCAUGCCCAUCCUCAAAGUGCUCAUGACCAUCGCCAACAAGCUGGGCGUCUAACACCCCGAAGACAACACCGACCACUCUUCAGUGUUACCAUGUUGUUGAAUGCAUAUUUAUUUCCUUAAAGAGCCGAUGACGUGUCAACGACGAGAAUAAUGGCUGAUUAGCGUUACGGAACCCGCUCCCUCCCAGAGGACGCCGCGGCUGUUUGAGCCAGUGAGGUGGAGGUUUUUGUGUAGAUGUCUGUUGAUGUUGCUGUGCUGAUUUUUACAACAAAAAAAAACAAAACAUGAAUGUAUUCAGAAAGUGGCUGAGUAUAUGAGUUGAAAAUAGUGAUGUAAUACAUGAAAACAGUUGAUGCAAAGCAGGUGUAUUUCCAUAAAACGCGUUACAUUGUACUGCAGUGUGUAUUUUUCCUUUAUGGCGCUCGUGGAUGUUGGGGGAGUUUGGGCGGAAAAGUGUAAUAAAAUGCAUGCAGCGCUCCAGCUGCAAAAACAACACAUCCAGGGCUCACACUUUCAUAAAUCAUGAGAAUAAAAUCUGGGUCGUCCUUACAAUCCACUCCGUCUGUGUACUCUGUGUGAGGGAGGAACAGACUGAUACAGCUGUGUGAACCAUUUUAUAAAAACAAACGGCAUCAAAAGCAUUUUUGAACUUCCGAUUGUUCCGAGGAUUUAUUUCUUGUAAUGACGGUGUGGGGAGUCUUUGGGCCAAAGCACUGAAGAAGAAUGUCCCGUCAAAUGUUUUUUUUUUUUUUUUUUUUUUUCAGAUUGAACUUUGAUAGCUUGUGUGAAUGAUAUUUUUCCCCACUUUUUUCCCCUCCAUAUUUGCAUUAAUGUGCAUGCUUUCCUCUUAUUUAUCCUAAGAUGAAUUCAAACAGUAGGUUUUAGAACAAAACUUCAAAUAAUUUCUGUGGAAUCAUAAAGAAAUUAGCCACUCUCUCUGUUUAAAAUCCUGUUACUCCAUCUUCCAUGCAGACAGCAAUGUUGUAUUUUGUAACAUCUGUUUUAAAAAAAAAAAAUUCUCAUAGAUGUAAUGAUCAAAUCUUUACAAACUGACAAAUUACAGAUGAUGUUCAUAGUUUUGUAGCUACUUAAAAAAAAAAAGAAUUAAACUCUGGGUUUGUUUUGUGACGGCAGAGGGCAGGAAAGUGCCUCACUGUGUCUGUUUUGGUUACACAGAUAUUUAUACAAUCCAUGUUGCUUACUUUACUCAUUUCGGUAUCUUUUUGAAAUAAAGUUCCACUUACGA